UCUGGUAGAAUGAAAGAGAUGGCGCUCUAAGCCUUGUAAUGCGCUGUCACGCAUCCACAAAUAUAGUAUAACACGAUUACUUUCCAAAAUGACUGUGCACGCCCAAAACAAUUCGUUUAUUAAUUAUUUAUAGCCUAUUAAAUAUGUUUUGCUUUUAUUUAUUUUCAGCCGACACAGACCCGCAAAGAAGAGCGCUAAUCAAAGAGAAAACCAACAAAUAUUUGUCUUACGCCGAGGAUAUUUACAAAAACCAUCUCUGCGAUACGGAACGGAGUUUGCUUCCUGAACCGGAUGACAACUCGCGAUCUCUCCACUGCCCGAUCCCUCUGUCAAUGCUGAAGCGGCCCUAUGAAGACCUGUCACUAUACAGAGUACUGGAUAUCCUAGGGAACAGCAUGAUGCUGGUACUGCAUAAGACGGAACAGGCUUAUUAUGCUAUGAAGGUCAUCCAAAAAGUACCGAACAACUUGACAGAGUUCGACGAAUUCUUCGUUCAGCGAGCAAACGAAACCAGACAACCAAUACUACCAACAGUUAUACCGUACAUGGUGCCUCUACAAGCCUAUAUCGAAACCAGUAACCUCAUAUUCUUAAUACUCUCAUACGCACCAGGAAAGAAACUAUUCGACUACAUCAAAAACUACACGAAAUCACUACCAACCACCCCAGCAAGGGAAGUCAACCUAGAAAACGUAUUCACUGAACCAAAAAACAAGAAUUCAAAAGUCAAUGAUAAUGAAGUUGAAAGUGUAGCGAAUAAUAAUGAAGAUGUGUCCGUCAACGAGUUGGUGUUGAAUUCUCAGAAACUGCUGAUCAAUGUUGAUAGAGUUUUGAGCGAAACGAAGGUUGAAGUUAAGGAGGAUACAAAGGAUUGUAAAGUUGAUAAUGCGUGUGGUUCGCCAAGUAUUAAUAGGCCGCUGCGCGGUCGCGACGUGUUGCCGCCGUCGGCCCUGUGUCGCUGGGCCGCGGAGAUACUCACCGCCUUGGAGUGUCUGCACAACUGCGGGGUUAUAUGCAGAGACCUGUCCCCGCGCGACGUGCUGCUGGGCGGCGGCGGGCGCGUGCUGCUGUCGUACCGCGUGGGCUGGGCGGGCGCGGGGCUGCGCCUGUGGGCCGCGCGCGCGUCGCGCCGCCCCGCCGCGCUGGCGCCCGAGCUGUGGCACGACGCGCUCAGCGACGCGCCCGCGCGCGACCACGUCUGCGACUACUGGAGCCUGGGCGCGCUUCUCUAUGAGCUGCUGUGUGGGGUCCCGCUAACAACGUACCACAGAACACCGUUCACUCCGCACACGAUACUGCACCUACCUGACGGGCUGCCCGUCGAAGUAGAAUCAUUGUUAACCCAGUUACUAACCUUCGAGCCUUCAGAACGCCUCGGGGCCGGUAAAGACGGUAUUGAUGAGAUCAAACGUCACCCAUACUUCAAAAACAUUGACUGGCAAGAUAUAUACGACAGUUGGACGGUCCCAGACUGACACGGUAAAGGAAAAUAGUAGUAUUAGUAAAAGUGAGUUUUGUUUUGAAAUUAGUGUGUUUUGAACGGAUUUUUCCGCGGUUUUUUAGUGUCAAAUGAUCUAGUAUCUUAAAGUUUUAAGUGUGUUUUAUAGCCGGUAAAAUGAGUUUUGAAGCGGCAUUGGAGUUGAAUUUUAACCUUGCUGUACUAUUUUUUAUAUACGUGAUGACAAUUUUGUUUAGAAAGGAAGUAUUUUUCUAAUGUUCCUAUUCUAGAAGGUAUUCAUUCUUCAGGGUAUGUUGAAACACUUUGUGUAUGAAACCGCGGUAAAAUCUGUUCAGAAUAGUUGUUUCAAAGACUGAAAAGUAUUAGAGGCUUUGGAGUCAAAUAAUUACAACCAGUAACAAGAAAAUAAUAAAAAAUGUUAACAGUCAUGAUAAGAGUACAGGAAAUACCAAUGUAAUGACCCGACUGCUAAAAGAGGGUUAUGUUUUAGAUCUGUAUAGUACAAUGAAAAUUCCUUUCAAAUAAAAAUACAUUCGACUAAAGUUCAAUAUGAUAAUGACAAUUAUUUAUAGUUUAUUUUUAAAUCAAUUAUUUUUUUAGUAUACUUACUUAAUUAUUAUAAUUAUUUUGUCGUUUUUGUUUGUAUCUUUAAUUUAUUAUACGCUAAUUUAAUGGUUUUGAUGCUUUUAAAUUUCAAUCUAAACAUCAACUUUUACCUUACUUGCUAAAGAAGGCAACUUAGGACCCUAAAUAAUCUUAUAAACUUUUCAUUAAAGGCAGACUACGAAACAUCACUUUAUAAAACUAAUUUAAUAUAUAUAACGACUAGAAAUAUAUUUUUUUUUGUGGUGAAACUAAUGACUAUCCCACGACGAGGGUACGGCGUGGUUAUAAUGUCGGACUCUCGCUGAUUAAAUACAACCUGGGCCUCUUCAAGUGCUUAAACCAGAAAUUAUUGUGAAAGUAAAGAAUUUGAAUACAUUGCGGAUCCACGUAGCUCUGGUAUCAAUAGUAAUACAUCAUUGUCAACAAUGUAUCGUAUUUCGCACGAUAUCUCCUCCGAAUGAACCUCAGUACACCCUUCACCACUUUCUGAGUGCUCUGGCUGUGGACAAAAAGAGACGCAACGAAUUUCGCAGCUCUUUUCAAAUACUUUAAAUUUUGAGUAAAAAUGUUACAGUAUUAUAUUUGUAUUUGGAUCUGUUAUCAAUGUAUAUUUCAAAAGAGCUUAAAAAUGUAGUGUGAUAUAGAGUUAGAUAUUCAUAAAGUUCCCUAAAUAUUAUAGAAAUACACAUUAAUAGUCGGGCUACCCCGAUAAAUACGCGUGAGUAAACCGUUACAUCAUUUAAUAAUAGUAUGAAGGUAAAACAUUUGUCGAUUAUUUUUUACGCAGGGCGUCAUGUGUGGGUAACUCUUGUGGAUGUACAGUGACGUUGGGACUAAUACAGCUUUCAUUUAUGUGUUACUAUCACACAAAUGAAAGAUCCAGUAAAAAACAAUUUCUGACAAUCACACUCACACAUUGAUGUGUUGAACUAUCAGUGCAUACACUUAACUAAUUCUAUGUGAUAAUGUUAGUUUGUAUGUUCGUUACUUCUUGACAUGAAAACAGCUUGACGGAAUAAGAUGCUAUUUUGUCAAAUACUUUGUGUAUACACCAAUGCUUAUUACGAUAUAAGAUAUGAUAUUCGAAAUAGGUAAGAACAGUCAGUGCUUAGUUUUAAGAGACUUCGUACACAAGGCAACAUAACAAGAAGACUUUUUAUUUAAAAGCUAAGGCUUUUAAAUAUAUUUCAUUCUUUAUUGAAAUUAAUAUUUCCAAAAGCCUUAUAUUAUUAUAAAAAUCUCAGUUAUUUUGGCUUUAUAAUAUAUUCUGAUGUUUAAAAUGUAUUUGUGUAUCAAAAAUGUAUGUUACAUAUAAUUUGUGUGCAUCUAGUCUGUAUUUGGUUACAUUAAAAUUGCUUCUUAAAAGUAUUACACAAUAUGCUUAUAUUUAUUUAGAAUUAUUGUCGUUAUUCUAUACAUAAUAUAAUUGAACAGAAACCAAGGUAAAUAGUGGAAGUAAUCCAUGAACCAAUGAAGGUUCAAGUAAGGUAUUAAGUAGCCGUCUCUUUUUGUCAUCAACAAAUUUACAUUUGAAAGAAGAAGAUAGAACUACUUUAAUAAGUCACACGUCAACGCCAAUUGUAUUUGUAUCAGUAUAACGCUUUUAAGUCAACAUGUUAAGGUCGAAAUUUGUUUGGCACUAUGCCAAAAAAAAACUGUAUUUAAUUAAUUAUAUUAUGUAAAGAGUUUACUAGAUUUUAGUGCAAAUAUAUUUUUAGGUAGCUUUUUACAUGAUAAAGAUAUAUUAUGUAGUAUAAGUUCAAAUACUUUGUUGUGUAAUCAAUAUUAUGUAAGAUUAUAACUGAUUUGUAAACAAGUUACAGAAUGGCUCUUUCAGAAAGUCAUUAGUUCAUUAGUCAAUCAUUUGUUGAACCUUAAGUCAACUGUAUUCAGUCGCUGUGUUUGUUUGUUGGUUUUGUAGUCAUAUUCAUAAUAAUAUGGCAAUAAUUUAAAGUGAUCAGAAGAUGUCCAAAUUUAAAAUCGUAUUUGUCUCAUUAAAUACAAGGUUGAAUAUUCAAUGUGUUAAGAAUAUGAUUACAACAACUUUAAAACUUACCAAGUAAAUGUGUGGUUAGAUUGGACAUCUUUAUAUAUUUAGCCUACCUAGCCGGACUUACCUUAUACAUACACGGAUAAUUUUUAGUAGCCUGGAAUAUCCCACUGCUGAGCAAAGGCCUCCCCACUCUUCUUUCACUUCUAAACAGUGCAAUGGCAUCCUCGUGUACCUAUUGUCAAAUGGAAUGUACAGACAAAUGUAGUGUUCGGAUAAAUGAGUGGUUGAUAUCACCACGCCAAAAUUCGAUCCUCGCGAACGACAAGCAUUUGUGUUAGCCGCGAGACAAAACGAUUCCUUAGUGCGAGAGUUGUUUUCAACAAAUAUCGAGAUCAUAACAUAAUUAAGACAUUUUAGGACGUCACUUGCAAUAUACCCAAGCUUUGCGCUUGCGUUUUAAUUAUGAGUAUAGUUUUGCAGAUUCCAGUGUAAUAAAAUAGAACUUACAUACCGUUACCAAAUGUAGUUUAUACCUAUAGUGAUCUAGUUUUUAUAGUAUUAGUUGAUAAGUAAUAUAUCAUGAGACAUAAUACCAUAAUAAGUAAAAUACAAUUGUACUUACAGUGUGUAUGAGAAUAUAUUUAUAGUGAAUAAAUAUUUGCUUAAAAGGUAACAUAGGUGUAGUGUUUGAUAAUGAUCUAUAAGGUUCUUUUUAUAUGAGGUAACACGUCUUCAACGGGUGUCUUUGUAAUGAUCGCUGUGUGUUUGCCAGUAUUUAUUUAUCUUUUUAUCAUUUAUGCACAAGUGUACAGAGGCGGACUUAAUUCUAAGGCAUUCUCUACCAGUCGACCUUAGGCAGUAGUCGCUUGGAAUCUAAAUUCGCUGUUGAAAUGUGUAGCAUUGUGUAUAAAGAAUCUUAGUUAUGUAAAAUAGUAGUUAUGUAUCUAUUCAGUACUUAUGUAUUUUGUAUGACUAUACUCCUUUCGUUUAGGUACUUAAAAAGGUAAACAAUCUUAGUGUAUUACUUUGUGAAAAAACACAGUUUAAAAUUAAAUGCAAUUUUGCUUAAUUGUUGGUUUUUCAAAUAUAAAACAACAACAACAACUACGAAUAUAAAUCAUUAGUUUAUCUAUUUAACAUGUGGUUUAAAAAGAUUAACCAAGAUUUUGAUUCUCUACUCAAACAUUGUUUACCUUUUUUAAGUACAUCAAUAAAAAAAUUGUAGAUUAUUCUUGUAAAGUAACGUAAGCCUUAGUUAAAAAAUACUUGCCUUUAUAAUAAUUUAUGUAUGUCAACUUCCUUACAUAAACAUUGCCCAAAAUUGGUAAUUCACUUGCCUUAAAAAUUAUUUAUAACUUUUACUGACAAAAAUCAUUGCCAUUGUAUCGCUUACGGUGGUAGCAGCAGUAGUGGGUAUCUUCUCGAAUUCCAUGCAAUUAUUAUUAUUACUCUUUGUCUCUCGUCACACGUAAAUCAUAAGAGCGCCAAAAAGACAUUGAAAUCAUAAAUGGUACCUAUGCUGCAAAAUUUAAAUCAAAGUGUUUGUUCCAAGAAAUUUUCAUUCAAAAUUAUAUGAUCUCAUUUGGUUACAUUUUAGGACCGAAGCAAUGCAUUUAAAAUUCGAAUAAGUUGUGUGCGUGAUAUUUUUAUGAAUUAAAUGGUUUAGUAUGAAAUU